UUAACGCGGAAAAAUAUUACAGCGCGUAGUUUUUAGAUUUAUUUUUUUUUGUUUACUGUACGUUUCAUGUUGUUUCAUUUACUUUAAUUUAAAAAAAUGUAGGUAUGGGCAAUAUUUGCUAAGGCUAAUGACACCAAUUAAACUAUUAUUUGAUUAAAAUUGUGUUUGUUAGUGUUAGGACGCUUUUAAAAAGUAAGUUCUUUCAAUUGGGAUUUUCAGAUAAAGUAUGGGUUCUGACGUAAGUGCCCACCACAAAAGUCGAAUAGGUACUUCAUGUGAUGAAGGUAUGGAUCAUAGAUCUAGGAAUAAUUAUCAUGCUCUUCGUUUUCAUCAAGUUCACGGAGACUAUGUCAAACUAUCCAAAAACGGAACAGCUGCUUGGCGCUCUGAAGGUUUUUGCAAAGGACUUGUAUUCAGUGAUCGUCCUGUUAUGAUUCAUGAACGUGUUUAUAUAAAAUUUCUUGACAUUUCAUCUAAUUGGAGUGGUGCUCUUAGAAUUGGAUUUACUAUGAAUGACCCUAUGUCCAUGAAAUCAAAGCUUCCUAAAUAUGCUUGUCCAGAUUUAACUUCUAUUCAUGGAAAUUGGGCCAAAGCAAUUGCUGAGCGCCUCGCAAAAAAAGAUUCAAUUCUGUAUUAUUAUGUUGAUCUCAAUGGAGAUGUUCAUUAUGGCAUAGAUUCUGAAGAGUAUGGUGUGUUUUUUGGAGGUGUUAACACUUCUGGCAAAUUAUGGGCUGUUUUGGAUAUCUAUGGAAACACACUUGGUAUUGAAUUUAUUGAUGGUGCAUCAUUGGAUCAAGAUGCUUCCAGUGAAACAUUUGAUUUAGCUGCUCUUUCAAGAUGUAUUGAGAGUGGAAAUCGUAUCUCUGAUCUUGACAUUUCCAACUUAAAUUUUAAUGUGUCAUUUCAUCAACUCCUUGGCAAAAAUGUUUCUUUGAAGCGAAAUGGAACUACUGUUACAAGGAAAACAGGAUGCCACAACUUUGCAUAUGCAUUUACGUCUCAACCCUUCAGCAUAAAUCAAAAUGUAGUAUUAAAAGUAAUGCAGACAGAUCACUUUCAUGAUGGAUCAUUCAUCUAUGGUAUAACCUCUUGCAAUCCAUCUUCUAUUGAUCCUAGCGAGCUUCCCGAAAUUCCCGAUGAUCUUCUGGAUCGCCCGGAAUAUUGGGUUGUGAAAGAAGACCAUGAUUCUUAUGAAGUGAAUGAUGUUAUUGUUUUUAGAUUCAAUUCUAAAGGUGAAAUAACUGUUACAAAAAACAAUGAAAACAAGCACACAAGUUUUCAUGUUGAUCCCACACAAACUUUGUGGUUAUUUAUUAAUUUAGUUGGAAAAAUAUCAGAAGUAUUUUUCGUUGGUACUUCUGCUAAUGAUGUGGUCGAGGACUUAAGUCAGAACUGUGAAGCCCUUAAUAUCUCACCAUCUUCAAAUGCAGAUGAAACUGCUGCCUCUUCAAGUAAGAGAUCUAAUCGUGAAUGUGUCAUUUGUUACGAAGAAUCUGUAAACUGUGUGAUCUAUCGCUGUGGUCAUAUGUGCAUGUGCUAUGAAUGUGCACUAAAGUUAUGGAAGCCUUCAUCUAAUGAACAAUGUCCUAUAUGCCGUGAAACAAUUCAAGAUAUCAUCAAAAUUUAUUAAAAAUAUUUACUGAAUCAAUUAAAGUCGAAUGGGGAGGUGUUUUGCUGAAAAGUAUUGUUUUUUACUGAAAAAGGCAUUUUAUUUAAAGUAAAAAUGUGCACAAAAACCAGUUUGAAAUGUAAAAUUUGUGUGAUAGUUAAUAACUAAUGAUCUUAUUAUAUGCUGUUUUAAUUUUUAGUAGCUGCAUUUUUGUCAUAUGCAAAUGAAAAUGGAAGUGAUAUCUUUGUGUUAGGUGACAUUCUCCAUUUUCUUUUAAAUGUAAUUUUGUGUAUUUAUUUUGCUUGAGUCACCGGUGAUUAUAGUGUUUGCAUUUGCCUUAAGCUUGGUUCUUAAAUUCAGUCAACUUUAAAACUUGAUUUCAACUACUCAGUUUUGUAGCUCUUAAGUAACAAUGUUUAUAAAAACCACAAUUUCAGGGAUGCCACUGGCGACUAAAAAAGCGACUAUUACUACUAUUUUGAAGUAUAGGCGACUAUUUUAAUCAAACUCUGAGAAAAACUACUAUUUUGCUGUCAGUUGGAAAAAACGGCGACCGUUUUUGGGAAAAUGCGACGAAAUUAGAUAAAAACUCCUUUAUUGUUUUCCAAAGACAAAAUAUUUUUUUACAAAUUGAAAAUUGCUUUACCUCCUACUUUCCCAGGGAAAAAACUGGAACAUUUUGCUGUAUUUAUUUUUUAAGUACAGUCGGCGCUCAUUAUAAUGACCACUUAUUAUAAAGACCGAUCCAUUAUAACGACCAGUGGUAAAAGUCCUAAUUUUGUUAAAAUGAACUCUAUGUUAACUUGCUUCCGGUAUAACGACCAUUCUGCAUCAUCUAAUCCAAUACAGCGACCGAAUUCAGCUAACACUAUUCCUGGUGUUUUUUCCAGUGAUACUAAUAUAUAACUUGAAAUGACCUUUAUUACCGUUUACGGAUUGGAAGAAGGUGAAGAUUACAAAGUGGGUAUCCUGACAGCUUUGCAUCUUUCUAAAACAGCAUGGAAUUCAGAAAAGACCAUCAAGAAUUGUCUCCACCAUGUUGAUCUUAAAAAGCAGAGGAAAAAUGCUUAAAUGAUUUGUCAGGCAAUCCAAGAUGAAAAUUUCGACAAAGAUGAAAUGCUGCAAAAAAUUUCUUUAAAAAAAAACGAAAUUGGUAGAAGUCUUAAACUUUGACUGUUAUACUAAAAAACUGAAAUGGAAAAUUAUGUUUUGCAAAAAUCACAUGGUGCUCAAAAGGAAAGCAACUGUUUCUGAUUUUAUCUUCAGAAAAUAAAUGAUUUGUAAGUACAACAACACAAUUUUUCUAUAUUUUCUACUUAGAAAUGUUUUGUCAUAAUAUUUUACACCCAUAAUUUUAAAAAAAAAUUCCCAUGAUAAAAAAUAAUUUGGGCAUUUUACUAGAAUCUUAAAAAAGUGCCAAUUGUAUUGGAACAACGGAACAUGCAUGAUGCAUGUGUAUAUUUUAAAAAAAUUCUAUCUCUUAUAAUGAUCACUCAUUAUAAAGACCUUUUGCUCUGGCACGGAGAUGGUCGUUAUAUCGAGCGUCGACUGUAUAAGCAUUUUAAAAAGUAGGAAAAUUAGAUAUAAGAAACAUACUCGCUAUCAGAAAUAUCCGACGUUUAAAUUUUUGCACAAAAUAUUUUGUUUUUGCGAUUGCAAUUUUUUCCAAAGGCAUGUUUCUGUGAUCAAGAUUUUUGCAGAAAGUUAAUUUUUGAUACUACUAUUUUUAUUAGCUUUUGUUUGCAUUCUGAAUGAAUGUCAAAAUUAUUUUGCUUUUUAAUUUCUUGUAGCCUUAUUACAUUCAUUCUUUGUAAACUGGAACUAAUUUUAACGCCAUCAGAAAUAUUGCAAAUUUUGACACCUCGUUUCAUUUUAUGAAACAAGUCUUUUACUGUUGUUUUUAAUUUCCAAUCAGACGAUGAGAAAAUUUACCAGAAAGUGUCCGUAUUUGUUUCUUUAGUGGUCCUCUGAAAGGUUUGUUAGUCUCUUUCUUUCCAGAGUUAUUUAUUGAAAAUUGCAUGUGUGUAGGUCUAGCCCCUUGCUUUGCAUGGUCCCGCUUACAUUGCACACCGCCAAAAUAUGUACAUAUUGAAGAAUAGUCGCAUUAAUAUGAUAUAAAUGCUGUCUUCUAAAAAAAGGAGACUAUUUUAGAUACUAUUUUCUGCAUCUGGUAGCUGUUUUGGAGGAGAUUUUUCAUAUUUCAGGCUACUAAAGCUACUAUUUUUAGUAGCAGACCUCAGUGGCAGCCCUACACUUUUAAUUCAUUGCCUUAAAUCUAUUAUUUGUGAUAUGCAUUGAAGUCGUAAAAAAAUAUUUACUUUUCUUUUUUUUUUUUUAAACUUUGAAACUAUGUCAGGUACAAUUUUUCACAAGGGUUUUCAAAGAGCUUUUGUGAAAAUAAAAGUAAUGGGUAUGAUUUACCAUGAAAGGCUGUAGAUACAUUUUUUGAGAUGCUGGCAUCCAAGCUAUCCCUUUUUCAAUUACGUUAAAAUGAAACCAUGUCAUGAAUUGAAUUAGAUCUGUUUUUUAAUCACAUACAAAUGAAAUCGUGUCAUGAAUUGAAUCAGGUGAAGAUAAAUUAGUAACUGUAUUUUAGUUAUAUCAAGGAAAAUGAAAUUUAAAAAAUAUAUAUUUCUGUAAGAUGAAAUAAAUUUUAUUUAUUUA